UCAAUUGGCGAGCGUUGCGCUAACUUGUCGUACAGAUAGACUCCUAAAAUAUUUAAUGUUUAUAGUUAGUUAAAGUACCAGAUUGAAUAGAAGUAUUUGAAUAUAAGCAUUUGAAUAUAAGAUUGAAUAAUUUGUAAAAAAAACCCGAAAGUACUGUACUUUUACAAACUGAUCAGUAUGAUGGAAUAGCUGCGUAUUUCUUGUGCAAGAAUCAAAAUUUUUAAACUGGUUUCGGUUGACAAUGUGUUUGCAAAAGUGUUAACUGAAUUCGGCAAAACGGACCACAAUCAAUUUUGUGCUGGCUGGAUAAACAAAAUUGUCAUCGGAAACCUCUCAUCAAUCCAUAACGUGUACUUUGUCGACUUUUAAACAUUAAAAUGUCCAUAUCUAAAACCAACCGCACGAAAACAAGCAGGAGCAAGACGGAGCCUCCACCCAGCAAACCAACUGCGACAUUCUCAUCCUCGGAAUCGGAGAACGGAGGCGAGGACGUUGUCCCAGAAGCGGCGUCAACAGCGGAUACUAUUUCGCUGAAGUCUCUCGACGGUGUGACCCUGCACCCAGACUCUUACCAGAGUCCUGACGAGAAAUCCGUUGGAGUCAACUGGGUCCUGGUUGGUCAGCCUGAUAGCCCCGCCAAGGAUGACACCGAAACCUUACACGUUGUAUCUCAAAGACAUGACAGUAUUUUCUCCAUAGCGGAGCCGCCGGAGCUUGAUCUUGAUCGUCAGAAAAUCUGUUCUCGGCUGCAUAUUCAGAAGCGCAUUAAAUACAUCAAGAAAGCACUUGAAAGUAUGGAACUGUGUGAUCUAUCUUUCCUCUUUGGACGUUCUGCUACCCCAGCGCAUGCUAUGAUGUUCAAAGCGCACUCGGAAUUUUGCAGUAGAUUCCCAGAGUUGUGCCCCAAAAAUCCCGGAGAUGUGAAAAAGCCCCUCCAACUAGAUCUCUAUGGAGAAAUCAGUCCGACUGCUUUUCGCGCUGUGAUGGAUUAUGUUUAUGAAGGGCAGAGCGAAGUGCCCUAUGAAUACUUGGCGGAAAUCAUUGCGGCAGGAGAGUUUUUUGGACUGACCACAUUAAAUGAAGAAAUUCAGGAAAGUGUCGAAGACCUGCUGUGCGAUGACCACCUGUUUCCUAUAAUCUUCCACGGCGAUUGUGAUCAUCCUGUAAAAGAACUGGCGUGGGUCAAACUUCUCGAUCGCAUCUCCGUCCUGCUUGAAAAAGGAGAUUUUGUUGCACUGGAGCUGGCAGAAAUGUGCCAGAUAAUGUCAUCAGACGGCCUUAACCUCCCAACCGAAUACGAUGUGCUUAAAGCUUGCUAUCAGUGGGUGAAUGCGGACCGCCCAACCAGAUUAAUCCAUUUUUCCAGAUUAAUGACUUGUGUCCGAUUCCACUACAUGACACCGCGAGAACUUGCAAAAUGCCAAAACAAAGACCCCAUGUUUUCGACUUGCAAACCGGUAGCGGAUACCAUUGCGCUGGCCUACAUGGCGCGUCCGUUUAUCCUGGAGAACGAUACGGAGUUCUGCGAGCGUUUCGAGCUUUCUGCGCCAAGGAAUUCAGAUAUCUUGAAACAUUUUACAACAUUCAAAGAAAAGAGCAACGGAUCAUGCCUUAUAACAGAGCCGAACAUUUUCCCAGAUUCCCGAAAAGCUGUCGCGCGGGUUGACACCAAAUAUGUCAGAGAUCUUCCUACAAUAAUAUCUGGAGACGGUCCGGAUUUCGGCACUUUGGCUGAUGUCCAUGAAAUUACCGAGGAUGCUAAGCCCGAAGCUAACAAGGCAUUCAUCAUCAGAAAGGAUAUCACUGCCGUUCAACAUUCGCUAACUCGCACUACAGCUGACAACUUAAUUUCGAGGAUACCUCAGGAGCCCACCAGACAGAACAGCGCACGAUCCCAUUGUUCCAGCGUAGCAAACUUUAGCCAGAUGACCUUUAAUGAGAACGGUUCUCUGAUUACGAAAAACGGCGGAAAAGAUACCUACAAAAUACUCAGUGAAGCUUUUGAUAGAAUUUAUACAAAAUAAUAUUUUGGGAACGCCAAGAACCCCGUCAAUGGCGAAGGGAAAUGUUUCGUUUUUGGAAGACAUAAACAUUUUCAGUCGUGAUUGAUUUUCUUUCGGGAGGGAUGGUUGGAUGCAGGUUGUGGACGGAUCACGGAAGACAAUGAUGCACCAAAAUGUUUUGCAUAAGAGGAAAAUAACACUGUAAUAAUUUAUAAUAAUUAUGAAACCGUAUUAAAUAAUUAGGACACUGUUGUUUCGCCAAUCGCGGCAGACGACAGUGUUAUAUUUG